AUGUACUACUCAGUGUCAGUACUACUGGCAGUGCUUCUAUUGAAAUCUAUCACUUAUGCACAAAAUGCCGUUUGCCCACAAUGUUCAACGUUGAACGGCGGCCACAGUUCAAAUCCAUUAGUAUAUUUCACUAGUCCAUCGGAUUUUGGUAAUCAGCUAGGGCAGGCGAUUGCGACACGAAUCAACGAGGGCUAUAAAUCUGGCUCAGCAAGUCGAAUCACAUUUGGCUCAUAUCCAUACAGUGGCUACGGUAGUCAAGGAUAUGGUGGCAGCUCACAAAGCUACGUCAUUCAGCCGGAAGCAAGCCAACAAACUAUGUCCAGUUACAACAACCAGGGUAUUGGAGGGUAUCCAUCUUCAUACGGUAGCUAUCCCAAUUAUGGCAACUACGGCUACGGUAGUGGACAAGGACAACAGAUACAGAUUCCAUCAAGCGGCUACUCUACCUACGGCAAUGUGGGCAGUACAAGCUACGGCAACACCUUUGGAAGUUACGGUGGAGGCUACAGUGGAGGCUACGGUGGAAGCUACGGUAUUCCGGACCCAAUAACUACCGGAGGAUCGAGUGGUGGUGGUGGUAGUGGUGGAAAUUGUCCGUAUUGCUUCGGAAAUAAAGGCGGAUACAAGAUGAAAAGAUCGAAACGAGCGAAAAGAUCAACGAUUAUUUGA